AUGUUCCAGAACCACAGGGUAGGCUUACCCAAUGUCCUAGACCCAGGAGAUGAAUCAUAUUUGGAACUUCUGGACCUUGAUGCUCUAUCUGCUAAAUCUAUUGCGUCAACACCUUCAGUGGUUAUCACUGAACCACAAAAGUCUAAUCCAAUUGUCACCAAUCUGAGUUCUGAUGAUGAAAAUGAAUAUCCCGAGCCUGUUAUCCCUCUCGACCUUAUAAAGGUCUUGGAGUGGGGAGUUCUUUGUAACAUAGGUUCAAUUAUUAAGAUGGCUGGAGUAGAAGGACAAAAUGAGAAUGAUGCGAGUGAUAGUAUGAGGAUAAUGUUAGACAUUCAGGAUAUGGCCUCUGCUAUUCGUGAGACAAAUCAACAUAACCAUGAAUCCCAUCAAGAAACUCAAGAUGAUCAAAUAAGGAGGAUUCAAGGAGAAUUUCGUAAGACAAGGCCACCUGUGUUCAAGGGUGAUGCAAACCCUAUGGCAGCAGAAGAAUGGUUAAGACAAAUUAUGAGAAAGAUGAAUGAACAAAGAGUUCCCGAAAACCUAAAAGUGACCAUUGCUUCUACCUAUUUGAAAGGACAAGUUUAUCAUUGGCGGGAAUUUGUCUUGGCUAUGCCUGAUGUUGAGAUUGCAACUUGGGUUGCCUUUGAGACAAUAUUUCUAGAGAAAUAUUUUCCUGAAACUAUGAUCACCAUAAAGGUACGUGAGUUCACUAAUCUUUGUCAAGGUGAUAUGACUGUUGGACAAUAUCAAACUAAGUUUGAAGAACUGAUGUGUUUUGCUGCUUACAUGAUUCCUAAUGAGUCUACAAAAGCAAAGAAAUUUGAAGAAGGGUUGAGACUAGAGGUCAAUGAGAAAGUGGAACUUUUUAAGUUGAAGAAGUAUGUUGAAGUUGUUGAUCAUGCCUUAAUGGCCGAACAAAGGAUACUUAGUUCUAAUAGAGUUUUGGAACCUAAGAAUCUUAACUGGGGACAAAGUAGUAAACGCCAAAUAUUUUCCCCUCUCGUUCCCAGUAUCAAAAUGCAAGAUAAUUUGAGGCAACUCAAAACUCCGGAUUUUGUUAUCUUUGUCGGCAAAUAG